CCAGUGUAGAGCGUCUUUCUCCGUUAUUUUCACUUCGUCAACCGCACCUCGGCUCUCGUUAUGAGGAUCUCCCUGUUUGUCGUAGCGUUCUGCCUCUUUGCCGUCCGUGGCGGAGUCGCUGAAGACGACGACGGUGGCGCCGCGGCAGAGAAGACGGGCGGGUUGGAUAGUGUCCAAGCUUUGAAAGAUCUUCUCACGCGUUUAAGCAGCGAUUCUGAUGAAGAAACCUCGGAAGAGGUUGACAAGGAUUGGAGAGAUGAUGAGCUUGAUGGCAUAAAUGACGGAGCUCGAGGUGAUGAAGGUGACGAAUUUCUCGACGAAGAGGACGAUGUAGAUGACGAAGAAGGGAACUAUGGAGAUGAUGAAGAAGACGACGGCAUAUGGGAAGAGGGUGACGGCGAAUUAUCAGAUCUCUCCGACCCGUCAGUCGAUGUGGACACCCGAAGAGCUUGUAAGAUGGUAUGCCGCAACUACCCGAGAUCCUUCCGAGUUAAAAAACGAUGCGGCAAUCUAUAUACCGCUAAGAGAGGAAGUCUUCAAACUUGUGGACGCCUGCGCCCCAGUUACUACCGAGGUAGCGUUUUCUACAGAUACUAUGUCAGCAUUGGGAAAUACAAAGCAAAAUGUUUGAAAAACGGUCGCUAUGGGCUCUGUAAAAGCAGGAGGUGCUUUCAAGUGAGAAGAUGCUACGGACUUUUCAGUUUAGUUUACAGGAAAAGGGUCUGCAGAAGGCGUUGCUCUGGUUAAUUCUGUCGGUCAAGCUGACCAUAUUUUAUGAUGAGAAUGGAUUUCUUGUGUACUUUAGGUACGUCUUUAAAGCAAAAUCAUUUUCUAGCAGAUCUUCCCACAUUUGAUAUUUGUACUCAUUUUGAUUUCGAAUCCCUAAUAAAAUAUUGAAAAUUUCA